AUGCCGAUGGAAAAUGAAGAUAUUUCUCUCUUCCCCUCCGAGUCUGAAGUGGAGGAGAUGCAUCACUCUCCCACAACUUAUGUAGCUGAUGAGCAUGAUAAUCAGAUAGCAAAUGAUCCAAAAUCUUCUCGAGAGGAUGAUGACGAUGAUCUUUAUGAAGAUGUGGAAUUUUUGAAAGAAAUCGACUUUACAGGAAUUAAUGACGACAUCCCAAAAAACAUAGAAUUUGAUUUUGGUGAUGAAGAUUUUGAUCCUUUUCUUGACAUUCCCAGUAGCCGUGUAAAUAAAGUCAAUGACGUUGCUUCUUUAGCAACUAAGACUAGGGAUGAAGGAAAUGUUCUCAAAAUUCUGCUCUCUACCUCGAAGCCCUUGGAGGUCACAAUAAGCCAAGGAGAUGUGACAUCAAAGAUUCCUCCCUCUGUGUCACCUGUCUCAACAUUAACUCCAAUCAUUUCUAUGUUAUCUGAACCUCAGACUUCUCAGACCUCCAUAAGAACAAGCCAAUCUCUUGAAAGUCUGGAGGUACCCUCUGUAAAAUGUGCUCCUCAAGUUAUUUCAAUAAUCACUGCAACCACUGGUCACUCUCCUUCAAAGCAGACUGAUGAAGGAAUAUCAUUUAACGAGGGUCGGACAGAUGAUGACAAAUCCUUUUCAUCUGAUCUCCGAGAAGAAAUUGGAAUUCUCCAUCAACAGCUCAUUGAAAAGUCAAUUCAGAUGGAUCAGCUUUCUGCACAUAUUUUUGAGCUCAGGGCAAAAGAUGAAGAAAAGACCAAACAAAUCAAUGAUCUACAAACGAGUCUUGGAUCUGUUCUAGCUAAUUAUUUCAAUCUCAAGAACGUAUUGUACGAUGCUUUUGGUGAAAAACUCAAAUCCUCUUCAAACAGCCUCAUGGAGUAG